UGCUGCGGGAGACCCCGGGAAGGCCAAGUCAUGACUUCAGGAUCAGUGCACGUGGACUCAAAAGCUGAGCUCACUACUUUAUUAGAGCAGUGGGAGAAGGAACAUGGCAGCGGGCAAGAUAUGGUCCCUAUCCUCACCAGGAUGUCAGAGUUGAUUGAGAAAGAAACUGAAGAAUAUCGUAAAGGAGAUCCAGAUCCAUUUGAUGAUAGACAUCCUGGUCGAGCUGAUCCAGAAUGUAUGUUGGGCCACCUAUUGAGAAUACUGUUCAAGAAUGAUGAUUUCAUGAAUGCAUUGGUGAAUGCAUAUGUGAUGACAAGCAGAGAGCCUCCUUUGAACACCGCUGCUUGCAGACUCUUGUUAGAUAUCAUGCCUGGGCUGGAAACUGCUGUUGUAUUUCAAGAAAAGGAAGGAAUUGUUGAGAACCUGUUCAAAUGGGCAAGAGAGGCUGAUCAACCACUGAGGACUUAUUCUACUGGACUGUUGGGAGGUGCUAUGGAAAACCAAGAUAUUGCUGCCAACUAUAGGGAUGAGAACUCACAGCUGGUGGCUUUAGUGCUCCGGCGACUUAGGGAGCUGCAGGUGCAUGAAAUGACUUUACGGCAGGAAAAUAAACGUCCCAGCCCUCGAAAGUUGUCCUCGGAACCGCUGUUGCCACUGGAUGAGGAAGCGGUAGACAUGGACUAUGGGGAAAUGACAAUGGAUGGAGAACAGGAGGAGACCUCUGGGGAUAUGGAGAUUUCCUUUCACCUUGAUUCAGGCCAUAAGACCAGUAGCAGAGUGAAUUCAACCACCAAACUUGAGGAUGGAGGGUUGAAAAAAAGUAAAAUGGCAAAACAGGGUGACAGAGAUGGCUUCAGAAAAGCCAAACAAAAGUUGGGCUUCUCCACCUCUGAGCCAGAACGCAUGUUUGUUGAGCUCUCUAACAGCAGCUGGUCAGAAAUGUCCCCUUGGGUUAUUGGUACUAAUUAUACCCUUUAUCCUUUGACUUCUGCUAUAGAGCAACGACUUAUUCUUCAGUACUUGACUCCACUAGGAGAGUAUCAGGAGCUGCUUCCCAUUUUCAUGCAGCUUGGAUCAAGGGAGCUGAUGAUGUUCUAUAUUGACUUAAAAAGGACAAAUGAUGUGUUACUCACCUUUGAGGCCCUGAAGCACUUGGCAUCACUUCUGCUCCACAACAAGUUUGCCACAGAGUUUGUUGCACAUGGAGGUGUACAAAAGUUACUGGAAAUUCCUCGUCCUUCUAUGGCUGCUACUGGGGUAUCCAUGUGCUUAUAUUAUCUGUCUUAUAACCAGGAUGCCAUGGAACGAGUGUGCAUGCAUCCCCACAAUGUUCUAUCCGAUGUAGUGAACUAUACCUUGUGGCUAAUGGAAUGUUCCCAUGCAUCUGGAUGCUGCCAUGCUACCAUGUUUUUCUCUAUUUGCUUCUCUUUUCGUGCUGUCUUGGAACUCUUUGACAGGCAUGAUGGCCUUCGUCGCCUGGUCAACUUGAUCAGUACCCUAGAAAUUCUAAACUUGGAAGAUCAGGGUGCUCUUCUGAGUGAUGAUGAAAUAUUUGCCAGCCGACAAACUGGAAAACAUACCUGCAUGGCGCUCCGAAGGUAUUUUGAAGCUCACCUGGCCAUUAAGUUGGAACAGGUGAAGCAGUCACUUCAGAGAACAGAAGGUGGUAUUCUUGUCCAUCCACAGCCACCAUACAAGGCAUGUUCUUAUACUCAUGAGCAGAUUGUGGAGAUGAUGGAGUUUCUCAUAGAGUAUGGACCAGCUCAGUUAUACUGGGAACCAGCUGAAGUCUUCCUCAAACUUUCUUGUGUGCAACUUAUGUUGCAGCUUAUAUCCAUUGCCUGCAACUGGAAAACCUACUAUGCAAGGAAUGAUACCGUACGCUAUGCUUUAGAUGUCCUGGCUAUUCUUACUGUGGUACCAAAAAUCCAGCUGCAGUUAGCUGAAUCAGUAGAUGUGUUAGAUGAAGCUGGAUCCACUGUCUCUACUGUAGGUAUCAGCAUCAUCCUGGGAGUGGCAGAGGGUGAGUUCUUUAUUCAUGAUGCUGAAAUUCAGAAAUCAGCUCUUCAGAUCAUUAUCAAUUGUGUAUGUGGCCCAGAUAACCGGAUCUCUAGUAUUGGCAAGUUCAUCUCUGGAACCCCCAGGCGGAAGUUGCCUCAGCCUCCAAAAAGCAGUGAGCAUACGCUGGCCAAGAUGUGGAAUGUGGUCCAGUCCAACAAUGGUAUCAAGGUGCUCUUGUCAUUGCUGUCCAUCAAGAUGCCCAUCACUGAUGCAGACCAGAUCAGAGCGCUAGCGUGCAAAGCCCUAGUAGGACUUUCUCGCAGUAGCACUGUCCGGCAGAUCAUCAGCAAGCUGCCUCUCUUCAGUAGCUGCCAGAUACAGCAGCUGAUGAAGGAACCUGUUUUGCAGGACAAACGCAGUGACCAUGUCAAGUUCUGCAAAUAUGCUGCUGAGCUAAUUGAACGUGUGUCAGGAAAGCCCCUCCUUAUUGGUACUGAUGUUUCUCUUGCACGGCUGCAGAAAGCAGAUGUGGUAGCCCAGUCUAGAAUCUCCUUUCCUGAGAAGGAAUUGCUUCUCUUAAUCCGAAACCAUCUCAUCUCCAAAGGGCUGGGAGAGACAGCAACUGUCCUCACCAGAGAGGCUGAUCUACCCAUGACUGCUGCCUCUCAUUCCUCUGCCUUCACUCCUGUCACAGCUGCUGCUUCCCCUGUCUCUCUGCCUCGUACCCCUCGCAUUGCCAAUGGCAUUGCAGCCAGACUAAGCAGCCAUGCCAGUGUAGCUUCCUCAGCCUCAUCUGUCCACUCUCAGUCACGGCCUCCACAGGGUCCACUUGCCUUGCCUGGCCCAUCUUAUGCAGGCAGCUCCCCUUUGAUUGGCAGGAUCAGUUUUAUCAGGGAGAGGCCAUCACCCUGCAAUGGCAGGAAAAUCAGAGUGUUAAGGCAGAAAUCGGACCAUGGCGCCUACAGCCAAAGCCCAGCCAUAAAAAAGCAGUUGGACAGACAUCUUCCUUCCCCUCCCACGUUGGACAGUAUCAUCACAGAAUACCUUAGGGAGCAGCAUGCUCGCUGCAAGAACCCAGUUGCCACCUGUCCCCCCUUUUCUCUUUUUACCCCUCACCAGUGUCCUGAGCCAAAACAAAGGCGGCAAGCGCCAACAAAUUUUACCUCGAGACUAACCCGCAGAGCAGCCUUUCCAAAGUACGGAGGGGUAGAUGGUGGGUGCUUUGAUAGGCACCUCAUCUUCAGCAGGUUCCGUCCCAUUUCAGUGUUUCGGGAAGCAAAUGAGGAUGAAAGUGGCUUUACCUGCUGUGCAUUCUCAGCCCGAGAGAGGUUUCUGAUGCUUGGCACGUGUACGGGGCAGCUGAAACUUUACAAUGUAUUCAGUGGGCAGGAAGAGGCUAGUUAUAACUGUCAUAACUCUGCCAUCACACACCUUGAACCGUCUCGGGAUGGAUCUUUGUUGUUAACGUCUGCCACUUGGAGCCAGCCCCUUUCUGCACUCUGGGGGAUGAAAUCAGUGUUUGAUAUGAAGCAUUCCUUCACAGAAGACCACUACGUAGAGUUCAGCAAGCACUCACAGGAUAGGGUCAUUGGCACAAAAGGGGACAUUGCCCAUAUUUAUGACAUUCAGACUGGCAACAAGCUGUUGACUCUCUUUAACCCAGAUCUUGCCAACAACUACAAGAGGAACUGUGCCACGUUUAAUCCUACAGAUGAUCUAGUCUUAAAUGACGGGGUCCUCUGGGAUGUCCGCUCUGCACAGGCCAUACAUAAGUUUGACAAGUUCAACAUGAACAUCAGCGGUGUUUUCCAUCCUAACGGACUAGAAGUCAUAAUUAAUACUGAAAUUUGGGACCUGCGGACUUUCCAUCUGCUGCACACAGUCCCAGCUUUGGAUCAGUGUCGUGUAGUUUUCAACUAUACUGGUACAGUGAUGUAUGGAGCUAUGCUACAGGCUGAUGAUGAAGAUGACUUAAUGGAAGAGAGGAUGAAAAGCCCCUUUGGGUCAUCUUUCAGAACAUUUAAUGCAACAGACUAUAAGCCUAUAGCUACCAUUGAUGUGAAACGGAAUAUUUUUGACCUGUGCACUGACACUAAGGACUGUUACCUUGCUGUUAUUGAGAAUCAAGGCAGUAUGGAUGCCCUGAACAUGGACACAGUAUGCAGGUUGUAUGAGGUGGGCAGGCAGCGCCUGGCAGAAGAUGAGGAUGAGGAAGAGGAUCAGAAGCGGAUGGAGGAAGAAGAACAGGAGGAAGAAGAUGAUGAUGAAGAUGAUGAUGACACAGAUGACCUUGAUGAACUUGACACUGAUCAGCUGCUGGAGGCAGAGUUGGAGGAGGAUGAAAACAAUGAGAACGCUGGCGAGGAUGGUGAUAAUGACUUCUCUCCUUCAGAUGAAGAGCUGGCUAACUUGCUUGAAGAAGGAGAUGAAGGGGAAGAUGAAGACUCUGAUGCUGAUGAGGAAGUUGAAUUGAUACUGGGAGACAUGCUUCACUGCCCAUCUGUGGCCAAACUCAUGAAUUUUGGGGAAAUAACCCCUAUGAUCUCCAGCGGGUUUUCUUAUAUAUAGUCCAGUCAGCACUUUUAAAGGUGCUGAUAGCUCAGAUAACUCCGAUUUGGAAGACGACAUCAUCUUAUCUUUGAAUGAGUGAGGAGCGAUCAUCAUAUGGAUGCCCACUGAAGAAAUUCUAUUCCUGGCAGGCAGGAGACCAAAUGAGCAGCGAAUUCAAAACAAGCCUCCCUGACACCUCUUCUCCCCUCUCUCCCAUCCCUGUCGCUGUCCCUCUCCCAGGGAUAGCUGCUUUUUGACAACCUGUAGGCUUCAAGCUUGGAGGGUUUUGGCUUAAGCAGAGAAUCAGUUGUGCCCAACAGUGGCCAUUUAAUAAAGAGAUCAGGGGUUAGGCCCUUUUUCUGCCUUCUUUUCCCCACUUCCUCCAGGAUGGACAAAUCUUUCCUUAAGGAAAAGCCCCACUUCUCUGGGGAUAUUUCACAAUAUAUUUUCUUUGUAUAAAGUUCUUUACUAAAGAACAAGAAAUAGUUUUAUAUAAAAGCAAAAAAAAAAAAAUUGCAGGUGUUUAUAGCAAAGAGGGUGUGAACUUAUAUCCACCGGGUACCUUGUCCCCUAAGCUUCAUUUCCUUUGGGAAAAAGUGAUGCCCAAAGAUCAAUAUAAAGAGGCGUUUUUACACAAGUAUUUAAAAUGAAAAGGAAAAUCGUGGUUUCUUAAAUUGAUAAGGAUUAAGACUAUUUUAUUAUAAAUAUAAUAUAUGAUUUUUAAAAAAAAAAAAGUUUUGUUGCCUCAUGCUGUCAGGAUGUUGGUGUUUUUUUCCUUGACUUGAGGUGCCUUCGUGCCAGAGCUGGGGAGGAAGGCAGACAUUGACUGCUGUUUGCCAUGUAUAUGCACACAUUCAUUCACCCACCCUUACAGAAUGGCAGGCAGGAGCAAGUCCUAGCAUUUUGGUCAUUGUGGAUACUGGUUUUGUGGAGAUGAGGGAACUUGUGAUAUAAGUUCACUCCCUCUAUUUUUCUUCGUGAUUCAGUUUUUUUUUUAAUCUUUUUUUUCCCCUUUCUUCUGUGUGGAAAUUACAAAUCAAAGGCCUUUUUCUUUAAUGUAAAGUGUAUUUAUUUAAAAAAAAUACAAAAUAAACUACAAGUCUGUCUUUGUUUA